AUGAGAAGCCAAUUGUCGUUCGCUGCAAUCAUCGCAUUUCUGUGCGCCAUGCUCGUCGUAUCAAAUGCAUACUACAUUAAUCCCGAUUACUUCUACGGCGAGCAAAUCCCGAUGAAAAUGUCCGGUCAAUUGCGGGCUCUCGCUGGUUCGCGCAAUUGCUUCUUCUCACCAGUUAACUGCAUUAUCACACACGACCUCAACUCGUAUCGUAAGCUCACGCGCGGAUCAAGUCACAACUAA